UGAAAAUCCUGCAGACCGCUUCCAUGACCGCAGGUACCACCAUCCUUCUCCCAUUGCAUAUUUCCAUGGCGUCGCCGCUCCUCCACCUCAACCCCCACCACCUCCUCCCUCGCCUCCGCCGCCCCAUUUCUGGCCGCCUCCUCCUCAACAUCCGCUUCAAACCACUCUCCGCCACCGCUGCCUCCCCAGAAGCCUCCCAAACCCCGCCUCCCAAACCUCCUUCCCAUGGCCCCUCGCUCCGCCGCGUCGGGCACCCCUCGCCGAGCCAUCCUCCCGAAGGCCUCCUCUCCUUAGCACGCACCUUCGACCUCGCUGCUCUCCGCGUCCCCGCCGCUGCCUGCGCGCCCCUCGAGCGCCGCCUCCGCGGCCACCUCCUCAACUGGCCCCGCGUCCGCAACAUCGCCCGCCAACCCAACGACGAAGGCCACGGUCUCCUCCCCUCGCCUUCCGGGUCCUCCUCCUCCUCCGCCCUCCCGCCGACUGCUGUCGCGCGCCGCGAGAAGCUGGCGCGCGAGUUCAACGCCCGUGGCUUCGUGGAGUUCCCCAUCCUCGCCAAGAUGUCACGGCCCGCCGCGCGGACGCGCAGGGAGAACAAAGGGACAAGAAGCUGCAACAGGGAGACCAAGCAUGAGAAAGACAAGGUGUAUGUCGUGGAGGUGCCGAGGCAGGGAGGGGAGGACGACGACGACGAAUGGAAGGGUUUGGUCGGGGAGGAAGGGUUUGGGAAGGGCGCGUGGAGAGGGGAGCCCACCCGGCUGCUGCUGCUGGACGAGAGCUAUGCCAAAAGGAGCCUUGAUGAGCUCCCAGAGGCUAUCAAGGUUGUGUUAGAAAAUGAAGCCAAGCAGUGUGGAAGUUCUGCCUAUGAGCUUGUACAAUGUCAGCUAACCCUGUUCUAUGAUUAUUGGCCAAUGAAUGAGGUGUUAGAGGCCUUACUUCCUGAAGGGAUGAUCAUCCCUGCAGGCUUUGAGACAGUUGGGCAUAUUGCCCAUUUGAACUUGAGGGAUGAACACUUACCGUAUAAGACACUUAUAGCUCAGGUGGUUCUAGACAAAAACAAGCCAAAGAUCCAAACUGUUGUCAAUAAGACUGAUGCUAUUCAAAAUGAUUACAGAACUAUGAAACUUGAGGUCUUAGCUGGCUGUGACUCCCUUGUUACAACAGUCAUUGAGAGUGGCCUUCGUUUCAAAGUUGAUCUUGCAACAGUCUAUUGGAAUUCUAGAUUAGCAACAGAAAGGCAGAGACUUGUCAACAGUGUCUUUCAAAAUUCUGAUGUUGUAUGUGAUGUGUUCUCUGGUGUUGGUCCAAUAGCAAUUUCAGCUGCAAAAAAAGUCAAAUAUGUUUAUGCAAAUGACCUAAACCCAACUGCAGUUGAGUACCUUGAAAGAAACAUUGUCCUUAACAAACUUGAGAGGAAAAUUGAGGUAUUUAACAUGGAUGCCAGGAGGUUUGUUGCUGCAAUGUACUCAAGCCAACAUGUGCAUCCAGUCACACAAUUAGUAAUGAAUUUGCCCAAGGACGCUGCAGAAUUUUUAGAUGUCUUCAGAGGGAUCUUAAGAAACAGACAAACAGAACAACAUGUUCCCAUGCCAAAGAUCCAUGUGUAUGGAUUCUCCAAAGCCGAGGACCCUGAAUAUGACUUCCAUGAGAGGAUAAAUUUGGCAUUGUGCGAUAAUGUUGCCUGCAUCGAAAUGCACAGAGUACGGCUUGUUGCUCCUGGAAAAUGGAUGCUAUGUGCAUCUUUCACCCUUCCAGAAUCUGUUGCAUUUGCAAAGCCUAAUUACAUUACUUGUUGAAUGCGUGUACAUAAAAACCAUGUCAGCUGACUAGUUAGAUAGUAUUAGGUUUUUUUAAUAGAAAGUUAGAUAGUAUGCGUGAAAUAUGCUUUUGUAAGUGAGCUUACUUACUAUCACUUCUGAGUGGGAACUGAUGAUGGAUCUGAAUUGCCGCGAUUUUGUUGCAACAUCAUGUUUGAUGCAUGCCCUCUGCUCAGAGCUCUACUUAUUUUAAGAACGUCGAUCUAAAA